CGCUAGAACCGCCCGUCACGGUCCGCACCGCUCUACGGCGAUACCGCGAAACCGGCUCCACUUAACCCUUCACCCACCCCUUUGACAAACCCAGUGCAUCUGUGAUAGUGACAUUUGUGACAGGAACGCUUCAACACCAGCCCCGUUGGAUGAGAAUGCCGCGGCAAGGAGUGACAAGCGCGGGGUGAGGUGACGCGGGGGCGCCAUGAGCGCUCCGGAGCCGUUCGUGCUUCAAGCGCUGCAGGGCUUCGUGCACGGCAGCGAGAAGUGGCCGGGGCCUCGCGCUGUCAAGAUAUUUGUGGCCUCCGCUUACAAUGAUUUCCGCGAGGAGAGACGCCAGAUCCUCGAGCUGGUGGGGCCGGAGUUGCAGUCCACGUACGAUGAUCGAUACAUCGAAUUCGAGUUUGUGGACAUGCACUACGGCACCGAUGGCGGCGACGAGACCAACCCGAAGCUGCUUCGGUACCACCUCGACGAGAUCCGCUGUUGUAAUCACACCUCUAAAGCCGGAUACUUUUUGUGCCUCAUCGGUGGAGACGCGGCAUCCUACCAGCCAGUACUGCCCUACUCCAUCCCCGAAGCCAAGUUCGAGGAGCUGGUCAAGUCCGAGUCGGCGCAGGCGGCGCUCGUCCGAGCGUGCUACCGACUCAAUGGGGAUGGAGCGUACCAUUUGGAGGGCGACGAUAAGUGGUACAGCAAUCUCCUAGAGCGUGAAGAGCAGCGGAGCCGUCUAGCAAAAGUGCAGAAAGCGUUCAACUCUCUAGCGCUUGAAGCGCUUGCCGAGGAUGUUGACGUCGCUGACCUGCUGCGGAGUCCGGUGGAAUUACAGUGUGAAUUGGCCUUAGAAUUGUUAACCACUGGCAACCAUCCAAAGGGCGUCAUAGUGGUGUUUAGAGACAUGCCGGAGCCCGAGGCAGAGGACUCUAAGAUUGCAGUGCUAGCUCACAACAGGCUCAAAGAACUGAAGAAGAAGCUGGAAGAUGCCUUACCUGAAAGCCAUGUCAUCAGGCUUGAGUCUGUGUCAGCGGAGUCGUCUCGGACAGACGCGGCGUCAGAUACGGAGGAGAAGCUCAGCCCUUUCAGGGAACAGGUUCAGGCUGUGGUGUGCUCGCUGGUCGAUGAUAGCCUUAGCACGGAGCCUGACCAGGGCAAGGGAAGGAAAAAGACUGUACAGGAAGUAUUUCUGGAACACAUCACUCAUCUUAGGAUAUGUAUAGAACAUAAUCGGUUGUAUAAAGUUACUGUUAAACAAAUCGAGGAUGCGGCGGAAAGUAUACUAAGUAACGCUAAGGAAAACUACGAGAAUCGGAAUCGGCAUCCCCCGGUCCUGAUUUACGGCCCGGAUGCUUCAGGGAAGAGCACAUUACUAACCAAUCUCUACUUCAAGUUCGAGGAAAUAUUUAAAAAGCCAGUGCUGAGGGUUGUGAGGUUUUCCGCGUCAACGCCACGAUCGGCCUACAAUUUGGAGUUGUUGCGAGUGAUGUGCCAGCAGAUAUCUAUUAUUCUAAACAUUCCCGAGGGGUAUUUGCCGAAGGACGCGAGUUUUGAUCCCUUGUAUAUAAACAAUUGGUUCCAAAGUCUGUUGAAGCGGUGCGAGGAUAUGCAGAACGAGGUUCUGUUGAUAUUCAUUGACAAUGUACAUAGAGUUAAUCCUCUGGAAUGUGAUAUAGUGACGGGGCUGUCGUGGCUGCCGAUGUCGCUGCCUCGGAACGUGCAUCUCGUGUGCACAAGCGCAGUGUCGCUGGAUCAGUUGCAGCUGACGCCGGCUCAGAAGGAGAAGUUCAAAGUUCAGAACUGUUACUACUUAUUGGACGCGAUCGAGGAGACUCCGGCCAACAAUAGCUACGGCGAUUAUAUCGAUGGUGCCUUUGAUAACUUAGAAGCCGUCUUCGGCUCUAAAGCGUUUAGUAAAUUAGCAAGUUACAUAACUUGUUCGGAGUUCGGUCUGACGGAGUUGGAAUUACUGGAACUGCUGAUGCCUACGAGCAACAGUGACGCAGUUAUAACCCUGAAGGAUGCCAACUUCAACUUCUCGACGCUUUGUGCGGCCAAACAUAUGAUGAAAUCCCUGAUAUCGGAGAGCGUAGUAUCAGGAAGAUGUACGUGGCGGUGGGCCGCGGGGGGCGCGGGGGCACGAGCCAGGAGGCGCUAUGUGCGAGUCCAAGCUGCGCUAAGGGACGCACACUCGGACUUAGCUGCUUUACACUUUGCGAGCUUCCUACACGAGGCGGAUGAUACGGAUACUUCGGAUGCACAGGAACCAGGUAGGUUGAUAGUUAAGUUCUUUUUAGCACUCAUUGCUAGGAGGCGUUAUAUGCGAGUCCAAGCUGCACUAAGGGACGCACAUUCGGACUUAUCUGCCUUACACUUUGCUAGUUUCCUACACGACGCGGAUGAUACAGAUUCAUCAGAUGCACAAGAACCAGGUAGGUUGAUAGUUAAGUUCUUUUUAGCACUCAUUGCUAGGAGGCGCUAUGUGCGAGUCCAAGCUGCACUAAGGGACGCACACUCGGACUUAGCUGCUUUACACUUUGCGAGCUUCCUACACGAGGCGGAUGAUACGGAUACAUCGGAUGCACAAGAACCAGGUAGGUUGAUAGUUAAGUUCUUUUUAGCACUCAUUGCUAGGAGGCGUUAUAUGCGAGUCCAAGCUGCACUAAGGGACGCACAUUCGGACUUAUCUGCCUUACACUUUGCUAGUUUCCUACACGACGCGGAUGAUACGGAUUCAUCGGAUGCACAAGAACCAGGUAGGUUGAUAGUUAAGUUCUUUUUAGCACUCAUUGCUAGGAGGCGCUAUGUGCGAGUCCAAGCUGCACUAAGGGACGCACACUUGGACUUAGCUGCUUUACACUUUGCGAGCUUCCUACACGACGCGGAUGAUACGGAUACAUCGGAUGCACAAGAACCAGCACUCAUUGCUAGGAGGCGUUAUGCGCGAGUCCAAGCUGCACUAAGGGACGCACAUUCGGACUUAGCUGCUUUACACUUUGCGAGCUUCCUACACGACGCUGAUGAUACGGAUACAUCGGAUGCACAAGAACCAGCACUCAUUGCUAGGAGGCGCUAUGUGCGAGUCCAAGCUGCACUAAGGGACGCACACUCGGACUUAGCUGCCUUACACUUUGCGAGUUUCUUACAUGAUGCGGAUGAUACGGAUACAUCGGAUGCACAGGAACCAGUACUCUUAGCUAGGAGGCGUGAUAGGGGAAUGCAAGCUGCAUUCAUGGACGUACAUUCGGAAUUGGCCGCGUUGCAUUUUGCAAGCUUCCUACACAAUGCUGAUGAUACUGAUACAUUUGAUGCACAAGAACCAGGAUGCGUAGACGAUGACGAUGCCCUCCUCGAUUCGACGCCUUUCCACUCCGGUAGCAGAACAGCCGCUGCCUUCACACAGAGGCACGUGGAAGAGUCAUGGCUGCAUUUACUGCUUGCUGGAGACUUCACGAAACUGAAAGACUUGACUGUCUGCAACUUUGACUUCUUACUGGCUGCUGUCCAGACAGUGACGAUAUCGUAUCUUCGCUGUAUACUGGAGCACGUACGGUGUUACAUACUAGACAGGGAUGUGGAGCUAGUAUACGGAGCUGUGAGGAAGUCAAGUGACAUCCUGACCCGUGACCCUAUGCAGCUCGGCGCUCAGAUAAUAGCAUGGCUUCGACCAGCAGUCGCCAGGAGAGGAGUCCUCGCUACGCUGGUCACAUCUGCGAUGGCGUGGUGCGAUGGCUACGACAAACCUCUUUUAGUGCCUUUGAAUGGAUGGUUGCAACCGCCAAUCGCUUCCACAGUCCGAGUGGUCUCGGUCGGGGGUUCGAGUCCUGGCGCAGGCGCCAGGUUGCUACAGUUAGCUCCGUCUGGGCAGCAUUUAGUACUGGCUCCGUCUUCGGGGGACCCGCAGCUAUGGCAUGUCAUGUCAAACUCCAGGGUUCAUACAUUCAAAGGUCACUCAGGGAAAAUCCUCUGCAUGUGCGUGACGCGGGAAUCCCAGUACCUCCUCACGGGGUCUGAAGACACCAGCGUCAUCGUGUGGGACUUACACACGUUAGCAGUCAAAACUAAGAUUUUGGAACACAUAGCGCCGGUGCUAUGUGUAGCAGCAAUCGUGAACCGAUCACUGGUGAUCAGCGGUGGUGAAGACUCAGCGGUCAUCGUCACCUCCCUAGUAGACGGAGCAUUGGUCACAAAGAUCGAUCACCACCGAGGGCCGGUUACCGCGGUAAAAGUGAUUCAAGACGGGGAGAUUCUGGUAACGGGAUCUCAAGAUGGGACGGUGUGUACGUGGAAUGUGGAUAACUUCACGUUACUCAGUACGGUCACUGCAGGAGUGCCCAUACAUGCGAUGGAAGUGACUGAUGACAACGUGUUCCUCAUAACGCUGCAGGGAGAGAACGAACUGCACUUGAGGACAUUUAUUACUGGGACCUACUUGCAUGUGCUGAAAAGACAUAAAGCUAAGAUAAAAUGCUUCUGCGUGGCACAUGACUCCUCCCGGGCGGCUGUCGGCUGUGCUGACCAGCGCAUCUACGUGUACAGUCUGCACAGUGGCACGCUGCUGCGCACUUUAGCAGCUGCGCACGAUUUAGCAGCACUGGCUAUUGCUGACAAAGACCACUUCCUGUUGGCUGCUGGCGGCAACAGGGUGACAAUAUAUUCAUUCCACACAGAAGAUAACUUGACCAACUUCAGGCCAACAAAACAGUUGAAGAGGAGACAAACAAAAUCCACAACAAAUGUUACUCUAUUACAGGCAGAACAAAGCGAGCUAAUACCAAUCAGCUGCUUAGAAGUGUCCCGGGAUGGUCAGCUGGCCGUCAGCGGCUGCGCCCGCGGCUUGGUCCGCGUGUGGCAACUGUCUACCCACAGGCUACAAGCCACCCUUAGCGGACACAUGGGCCAUAUUACUUGCGUGUGCUUCUCUCCAAAUAACCUGAUAGUGCUAAGCGGGUCCGAAGACAGGACUGUGGUUGUGUGGCAGUUGGCUGAUAACUCGCCGUCUUUGACGUACAAGGGCCAUUCAGCAGCUCUCCAAUCCUUGCUGAUGAUGUCGGACGGUCGCCGGGCCAUGUCUGGGGACAGAGCGCGCAAUGUCAACGUGUGGCUGGUCGACUCUGGAAUAGUCCUGCAUUCAACGCAAGGGCCUAGUGCGAGCCUGGAUGUUACGUUGAAUAUGAAGUUUGCGGUUUUAUCAGACGGUGACAAUUCAGUUCGCAUCUGGGGAUUAGCCGGUGGAGACAGUAGUGAGGAGAGGCGUGCCGUGUCGCACGCUGAACGGAUAACCUGCUUCGCGCUAACGGCUGACUCGCAGCACGUGGUCACUGGUUCUAUGGAUAUGUCGCUGAAGGUGUGGAAACUGGAUGGAGGGAAGCUGUCUCAGGUCCUAGUUGGCCACUCGGAUAUAGUCACUUGCGUGGCGGUGUCCAUCACCAACAAGACGCAAGUGGUCUCCGGAUCCUGGGACUGCAACCUGAUCGUGUGGGACAUCAACACUGGCUCGGACUUGCAUCUGCUGUCGGGACAUCUGGGCAAAGUCACUUGUGUGAAAGUGACUGGCGAUGGGACUAUAGCUGUUUCAGGUGCUGAAGACAAGACUCUCAUAAUUUGGGAGACGAAACGGGGACUGGCUCUGACGUCGCUGGCGUUGCACGUCCCCUUGCUGGGUUUCCAAAUUACCAGCGACUGCUCGCGGAUCGUCGUACAUUUACUGGACAGAGGUUGCCUCCCCAUUAUUUGCUUACACAAUACGCCGGCCACAUACGUCAAGAUACCGACUUACGCCGCCCCGACUAAAGACGUGGAUGAACUUCGUCCACUGGCUCCAAAGAGGCCUAUGAGGAGGCUGUUGAAGAAGGAAGUUUCUCUGGACACGUACACGUGGCAGAAGAAAUACGGACAUCUCACCUCCGCCGCCAUGAUGGCGCAGGUUGACGAACGCUUAAAACGAAGGUUUUCGGUAUCAGCUUCCAUGGAAGAAAUAUCAAAAAUACAAGAGGCUAAGGCUAAGGAUCUUGGAUCUCAGGUGAGCUUAGGCCCCGAAGAAGCGGCCAUCGCUCAGUCCCAGCACUUUGAUCAAUUAGAAGCGCUGUGGAACAAAAUAUCUCCUCCGAGGCGGCGCUCUAACAAGUCUCUAUCGAAACAGAGCUCCUUGAUCGAGCGUUUUGACUCUUCUGACGAGGAGCACACGCCGGUUGAAGAGCAAGGUAAAUUAUUUAAGCAUAGUGAUUGCUAAAGUUUUGUAAUUAGUAUUAAACGAACAAGGUUCAAGUAAAAAAUAAGGUAGUAAAAUGAUUAUACAAAAGGCGACAAAGAAUAGAUAGUAAUAGACAGAGUUCGUGAAUAUUUAAGUUGUGUUAAAUACUAUUAGAUAGAAGUUGAAGUAUUGUAGAUGCGUUAAAGGCGUAGUAGAAUAUAAUUACAACACUAUUUCGUCUUUCCACAGAACACAUGGUGGAAUGAAGAAAUCAUCGAUAAAGAUUUUUCGAAUAAUUAUUAAUUAAAAUCAACGUUCUAUUGACCUCAUUAGUUUAAGUUGAUUAUUCUAGUUUAAUGAGCGGGUCUCAAUUAAUUUCCACUGCUAAGCGUUUAGGUAUUCGUUAAUGAUUAAUUUAUUCAAAAUAAGUUCAUUUUGAUAGUACAUUUUCGUGUUGUGAUCGAUUUGCUUUAGUAUUAUUUUAAUAAUCUAAAUUAUUUUAUUUUUGAAACAAAUGUUAGUGAUACAAAUGAAUAGUUUCAACGACUUUUAGCGAAAUUGUGCGUACGAUAGAGAAGUUUGUGGUAUUUAUAGUUGAACUUCGAAGAUUUGUAAAGAUACUAUGGUAAAUUAAUCUUAGAAUUCCAGCCUCUACGCAAUGUGAUCUUCUAGAUGUAGCUUCUAUAUUUUCAGGGCCAGUUUUUAUUAUACUAGAGCUUCUCAGCGAUAUACUUUAAUUUUUAAAGAUAAUAAACUGCUUUGAUUAAAGUUUUGUUAAAAAUUAAAAAUACAUUAAGUAAUAUACAAAAGAGAAAAUACAUCAAAAUAUAAGUACUAAACACUUGUAAUAAGUCUUGAGUCAAACGAAAUUCAUUAAUACGCACUUUUAAAAUUAAUAACUUCAAUCUUAUGACUUCUAAUGACAAUAGAUUUUACCUAAUAGGUAUAUUUAACUCCUGAUCGAUUUAUGAAAGGUGUAUCAGUGUGAUUAGUCUAUCAAACUUUAUUUAUGUUUUAGAACUGGUCCUAGUGUAGGAAUACAUGUCGCUAAAAUUCAAUAGUCGUACUUAUAUUAUAAUAUAUUUAAAAUAACCUUGAAUAAGUAUAUCUUAAUUCCGAUUAUAUAUUUUAUUUUUUUAAAUUGUGUCUUCUGUAUUUUUUCAAUCUAUUAUCUUUUGCGGGUAGUAGAAGAUCAGAAUAAGAAGCGUCCAUCAUCCAUAUUCUCAGAAAAUGUACCUACUAUAAUUUUAUUUUUAAAGUAGGUACUUUUAUCUGGCGAAUCGUUGAAUUGAAAAAGGCAAAAUACUCGUAUUGAAAAUGUUUUUUUUUAACUUUUUUUACAGAUGUAUCUGAUAGACUAAGAGCUAGUGAACGCCAGACCUACGUCAUUUUAUAAAAGCUGAAAGUUUGUCAGCGUAUGCUCCCAAUAUAGGAUAUAAUGUUGGUGAAUUAUGAAGUUUGGGUCGUGGUGGCUUUGGGAGCUACCCUAAAAAAACUGUCUUUCAAGGAGUUGGAACUGUCAAAACUGUCUGGCUGUUGGGGAAAAUACUUCUAAUUAUUGUCCAAAUAUUAUACAUAAAAAUCAGAUUUAAUGGUAUAACUUUAGUAGAAUUACAGUCUUUUGAAUAUACAGAAAAAGCCACCGUAAAAGUUAGACUUACGUUAUAAUAAAAAAUCUGAUUUUUAUGUAUAAUAUUGGGGCAAUAAUUAGAAGUAUUUUCCCCAACAGCCAGACAGUUUUGACAGUUCCAACUCCUUGCCGGACAGUUUUUUUAGGGUAGCUCCCAAAGCCACCACGACCCAAACUUCAUAAUUCACCAACAUUAUAUCCUAUAUUGGGAGCAUACGCUGACAAACUUUCAGCUUUUAUAAAAUGACGUAGGUCUGGCGUUCACUAGCUCUUAGUCUAUGAUGAAUAUGUGAAUGAUGUUUUUUAUUCCGAUCUUAGACAGAGAUUAAAAUCUGAAAUUUUAAUUUUAUAUUAAAUAUGACUAGCUUAGACAUAGUUUACAUUAGGUUAAUGUUUACCUAAAACUUCAAUUAAAUUAACAUUAAUUGGUGGAAAUUGUGUCUUAUUAACUUUGCAGAUUAAGCUAAUUUCGUCAGAUAACUUUCAUCGGUAGAUUGAGUUUGACAAUUUGACAGAUGAUGUUACAGAUAAUAUAUUUCAUUUAGGGCUGAUUUUUCAAUCGUCAGAUAUCUUUCUGAAGAAUAACCUUGUCAUGUCGACAUAUUAUCCAUACUAGAACUGUCAAUGUGCCAAACUUAUUCUUCAGUUAUAAGUUAGGACGACGAUUUAAAAAUCCCUAAAAGACUUUAGUCUUCGGAUAAGUUAUCUGGCGAUUGAAAGGUCCUAUCUUAUUAAGUCCAAUUAAAUUUUUUCAGUUUUAUUUUGCAAUUAUAUGUCUUCAUAACAUAACUUAAACUUACAUUUUAUUUACAGCCUUAUUCGUAUAUAUUUUAGACAUAAUCUCCCUGAUCAAUGUAUGUCUAGUGUUUUCCAAACUGUGAUCCCCUAUAAAGACUUCUAUGUAAGGACUCAUAAUAAUCAAUAGUAUCCUUAUAGUUAAGAGUAAGUGUAAUGUAAGAGUUAAUUUCAUCUACUUUUAUAUGACCCUUUUUACAAGGGCUUUCGAACAUUUCUUUAAAACCAAAACAUCUAUUUGACUAAAAGAAAAUGUAUAAAAUGGCUUCUAAACUUUUAUAUAGGUUUACUUUUAUAUACCUUUGGCUACAGAAAUUUGGUCAAUGAUUUCAAUAUGUUCAAUGAUGAGAAAUGAUUUAAUAAAGAGUAUCCAAAAUAAUUCUAUUAAAAUUUUAAUGAAACGUUAAUCGGCUUUAUAAUUUUAAAGGUUAUUAGUCGUGUUAAAUUAGAUGUAUUAGAAGAAACUUGCUUUAUAACCAAAGAAUAAACAAAAAACCCAAUGCAAUAUCCCAAAGUAAGCUGACGAAAAAAUUUAAAAGAUUAUAGAUUGUUUUAAUAUGUAGAAUGUUUAAAUUAAAUGUUGGUAUUAGAUGUUAAAUUAGAAAACGCAAUAAUAUUUCAUAAGUAGAUGCACUAACUUGUAGUUAAGUCUUUAGGCAGCUGGAUUCUCGUCGUGUAAGGUUUUGACUUGUGGCACUACAUCAGUAUAACCAACACGCUUAGACCUUCAUUUUUGAAUAGUUGCAAGCAAUCGAAAGACGUAAGGGAAUUCGGUGUACGAAUAUGAGAGCGAAAUUUUCAAUAUAAUACUUCGAAAACAUAAAUAACAAAAAUAAGACUUGAUUUUGUGUUGUUUAAAAACUAACCAUCAUAAUCAAAAUGGUAACUUUAACUAAGGUCACAAAUAACUGAUAUUUAUAUAAAAAAUUUCGCCCUCAAACAUAGUGUAGGCUACAGAGUAAGUUCAUUAUUAUCGUUAGAUACUGUCACCUUGUUAACUAUUUGUAUAGAGUUUUAUAAUAUUUAUCGUUUCUUAUUCCUCACUUACGUGAGUUUUAUUUUUGACCUGUCGUGGUAUUAUAUCUGAAAAUAUAUUCU